UUAGCAGUGCGAUUGCUACCAGUUUUGUGUUUCGGUUACAUUACAGGGCUCCAGACUGCCACCAAAUGCCACCAAAAAUUUGAGAGUGUGCCACUGAAUUUGCACAGUUGCACAUGUGCGACCAGUAAAUUUGACCUUUUUUGUGAUGUGACACUGAAUUUGAAACAGCACAUUGUACUUUCUGCAUCUAUCAUCAAAUUAUUUAUUAGUAAUACAGUGGAAAUUUGUAGAAAUGUGGUUAUUUGGGUAGCAUGUUGUAUUUACAGUGUGUGCCCCUAAAUUUUUUGGUUGCGCCCCUAAAAUUUUCAGUUGGGGGCCACUGUGCUCCUAAUGAAAAAAGUUAGUCUGGAGCCCUGCAUAAUGUAAUGGCGGGUCUAAAAAUGUGGCUUUAGAAGACGUUUGUUGGGGAUUUUAAAUAGUCAAUAUAACACAACGGCUCGGAUGUCAUUAAGAGUUUUUCAGGGUUAUGUUUUUAUAUGUUUACCUUGAUUUGAGCCUUUUGGCUUUAAAAUUAAAGGAUCGGCAAAGCCAACUGGCUUCAAGCUACAGAGUAUCAUUGUGAGACUGAUCCUGAAAUAACUUCAUAAAUGAAUAGAUAUAGCAAUACAUUAACAUCUGGCACAUAAUUUUAAUUGUUUGCUUUAUGGUGCCCCGCUACUUUGAUUUUCUUAAAGUGCCAUGGACUAAUGAGAAAUGUGUAAUCUGUUUAAUAUGUUCAGAAGUGUGUGCCAAUGCAUUAUCUUUUGAUAAGAUAAAUACAGGAAACUAUAUGUUUGAGUUGUUAGAGUGAGAUAAUUGUGCAAUAUAUAACCUUAACGUCUUUGGCUUUGUUCAUCUGGGUACAUGUGUGGUAUUUAUUUUAUGUUUUGUUGUUUCUCAGCUGUUAAAAGUGUUAAAAUAAUGUUCACACUGCAAAAAUUACUUUCUUACUUCGUAUUUUUGUCUUGUUUUCAGUAAAAAUAUCUAAAAACUCUUAAAUUAAGAUGUAUUUUCUUGAUGAGCAAAAUAAUCAAGCAAAAUUUAUUUUGUAACAAAAAAUAUAAAAAUUAAAGUAUAUUAGUGCUUAAAACAAGCAAAAAAAUCUGCCAAUGGAAUAAGAAAAAGUUAACUUUUUUCAUGAACACUUAAUUAAAGAAAAUGUUUCUUAUUCCAUUGGCAGAUUUUUUUGCUGGUUUUAAGCACAAAACGAAACUUUUCCAUUUUGCUCAUCAAGAAAAUACAUCUUAAUUUAAGAAUUUUUAGAUUAUUAUUUUUUUAUUUUUACUGAAAACAAGACAAAAAUACUAACAAAGUCAUUUUUUGCAGUGUUACCUUCACAAAAGAUCAUCUGUGCUUACUGUCAGAUUUUCUUUUCAACCCUGCAGUGGAUUUAUCUAUUUAUCUCUUGAAUUGUGGCAUUGAAUGACUGACGAUCUAAUCAAACACUUCGUAUUGUUUAAAGGGUUUGCCACAACUAUUUGUUAAAAUUAAAUUAAAAAUAAGUGCUUUCAUAUUGCAGUGUUUUUGUUAAUAAAUUGAAAUGGAGGUUUUGUUUGAAAUGUUAUGUGUAUUUUGAUUGUUACAUACAUAACACUCAUGACAUGCAUGCUUAGCUUACAUAUUAGACAUAUUACACAUGGCUUUGCCAUUCAAUAUUAUACCACGUGGCCAUUUCGGAUAUUAAUGUACUUGUUAAUUAUUAAUUAUACACAAUUAUUUGUAAAUAAAAAACACUCCUACCAAUGCAUAUAUUAAUAUAAAAUCUGGAAUUUAUAAUUAUUUUGUUUUUUUAACCUAAUAAUAAAUAUAUGUACAGGAUGGAGCAAUCCAAGAGGUAAGACAUUAACUUAAACAGGUGAGUGAUUGAAAGAUUUUUCCGUGUGUGUGUGCGUGUGUCUUUGGUGCGAUAACAUUAUUCAGACUUUGAUCUUAGGGAAGUUGGAGUUGAAGUCAAAGAAUUUCUCAGUCCCUCUCAGUGUUUUGUUGGUUAUAACACAGAGCUACAGUCACGAGAUUACCUGAACCAAGCAGAGCAUUGCUACCAUAGAAAGGGCUGACUAUAAUGUCAGCAUACAGCUCAGUGUUUGGUGUGGUGGUGGUGUUGCUCCUCCACCUCUCUGCGACACACUCCUUCCCCACCUCCCUGCAGGUCUGUCCUGUUCCAUGCCUGUGCCAGCGAGGUCCUCUCCUCAACUGCUCCUCUUUGGGCCUGACCAAGACUCCCGUACGCAUUCCAGCAACUGCGAUUUCCUUGAACUUAUCCCAUAAUGCACUGCAUUCUCUAGCACCUCUCAGUUCUGGUCGUGUGAUAUUGAAGGGACUCCUGCACCUUUGGGUGGGAAGUAAUUCUCUGGAUAGCCUUGAUCUGGAUUUGAAGAAAAACUGGUCAAGCACUAGGACCCUGUCACAUGAAAAACGAGAAUGCACCUCCUGGGCACCUGACCUUCAGUUGCUGUCUGCUGAAAGAAACCAUUUAAAACAUCUACCGAAGGGACUGAACUGUCUGAAGUCCCUGCAGAUCCUUCAGCUGUCUUAUAAUCAGAUAUUUGAGAUAGGCCCCGCUGACCUGAACUUAACAAGUCUGAAAGAGCUCCAUCUCCAGCAUAACCACAUCAGAAACAUUCACUCACAUGCCUUCAUUGGACUUCAACAGCUACAGGUUCUGGAUUUGAGCUACAACCUGCUGGUCACCAUACCUGUCCCUGCCUACCGGUCUGUACGGAGCCUGAACGCUUUUGUCAACAUAUCCUUCAACCGAUGGAAGUGUGACUGCAACUUGAGAACCUUGAGAAGAUGGAUAGGUUUUGAUACUGAAGUGGGUGAUGCUUCCUGGUCAGUGGUGUGCAAUUCCCCGCCCCAUUAUUCUGGAAAAGACCUGCUAGAUCUAAAGGACUCAGAUCUCACAUGUCCUACACGUGAAUACAGCACAUUUGGUCACCGUCAUAAUAUGAUUGUGGAUGAAGGAACGCAGAUAUUAAUUUCCUGCAGCAAUGACAGUCAAGAGUUCAUGCAAGUUCAAUGGUGGACUCCACACGGCCAAGUCGCAGAUAACCAACCACAGCUUGUAAUUGAGGACAUCACACAACAACAGGAAGGACUUUAUAUAUGUGUUUCAGGUCUUCAAUGGGAGCACAUAUCAGUUUUUGAUAUAAAGGUCUACACAAAAGGCAGUGGCUCUAGACCACGUCGGGAAGCACCAACGGUCUUAGAUGGAAGUGUUGAGCGAGAGAAUACAAAUUUGCAGAGAACCCAGUCAGAAUUUGUCCUUGCCGUCUGCCUCUCUGUCAUCAUCACGUUUAUUGUGGCUUUUAUCCUUGGAGUUCUUUUGAGACCACUGUUUGACAAAUUAUACAUGAGAAUACGAUCAAAGAAACACUCCAGUCCAUCGCCAACAACCUCUGGAGCUUUAUCCACUGGUCCUCAGCCAUGUGUAAAUGAAGGAUAUUAUGAGUCCGAUGACCAAGAACGAGUUGUCAGAAUGGGAUCAAGAGUUACAUUUGGUGAUAUCACAGAAGUGGGAGAUCGAGACAGUAAUAUGCCUUACUAUGUCACUGUAGAGGAUGUGCACUCAGAUGGCUCCUCUGAGAGCAACACAGAAGUUGAGCCUGUAUAUGCAAAUACACAGAAAUAUAAGUCAUCUGAAUGGAGACAGCAGGCUCUUGAGGUGGAUCAUCACAGAGGAAGGGCAAACAGCAACAGCAGCAGCACCACACAGGAGGGUGAAGUGAAUGUUUUGGUAACCAACAAUAAGGCACCCAGCUCAACCACAGCCCUGGAAUUUGAGCCGAUUCCAGAUGCGACAACUAGCAACCAACAACCAAUUCCAGAUGCAGAUGACGUUACUCAACCAAGAAGAACCAGUACCUCAUCAUCUUCGUCAUCAUCAUCAUCUCACUCAAUGCAAACUCUGGAUAAAAGCAUUUCUAGUCAAGUUAGGGAAUCCACUGAACAAAGUGUUGACCCUACAUCUGAAAAUAAUGCAACAGCAAAAGAUAAAGUUCCAGGAUUUACUACAACACCAUUUACGGAAUGGCCAACCAGUUUGACAGAACAAAGUGUUGAUGGUUUUGAUGCAGAGUUCUGGAAUGACAGUGGAGAAAGCUUUUCUUUCAACGAAGACUCUGAAAGAUCAAGUGUUCGAGAUCUCUCUGCUUCUGCUUUAGGGCACCCAGUAACUGAUGAUGACACGUGGAGGCAAGGCAAUACAGAAUCACCCGCUAACAAAUUAAACUUUAAUUCACACGUAGUUGGGGUUAACAAACCAUUUGGUAAAGAAGUUUCUGUUGAUGACCUCCCUGACACAUUAAGCUCCUCUAGUUCAAGUGAAAGCGGUGAUAGUGAUGGACCAAACAGUUAUACGGUAAACCCAGCGUUAGAAGAGGAAUCAGAGAUCCUAAAGGAGUCAUACAAGAAAACUGAUUCAGAAAGAUUCAGUACUCCUGAAGAUGGUUCUGGUAUUCUUAACAGACAAGAGACAAUCACCUUAGACCCAUCAGACAUACAUUUGACUUUUACUCGUGAAGAAAGUGUUGAUGAGGUAAUGCUUACUGAUGACUCCCAGAGGAAGAAUGAAGAUGCAUUUGGUAGCUGGAUAGAUGUGUCUCUUGGUACAGUGCCAAAGAUUAAGCGAUAUGUUCAGUUUACACAGUCUAAACUUUAUCCCUCAGCUCAGCCAUCACUGACUCCACCCUCAACAAAAAGCAAUGUCACACCUGAGAUAGAGGUUAAAUCAGAAGCUAAAGUUGACACGUCACCUGAAGAAGCCAGUUGCUUAACACAAACAAAGGUUUCUAUUGAAGGAAUUUCAAAAGUUAAAAGAUAUAUUCAUUUUAAGCAGUCUGAACCUCAUUUUCCAACUCUGCCAACAUCACCCACCUCAGUCAAUAAAGAUGGAUCUAGCACAUCAUCUGAAAAUGAAGAUAACCUGAUAUCCGAGGGGAACAUAUUGUUCAGGAAAACAGGUGUGUCUUCUGAUGAAGUUCCAAAAGUGAAAAGAUACAUUGCAUUUAAGCAAAUUGAACCUUCUUCCCAAACGCUGUCAGUAUUUAGUCCUUCGACUGAAAUUGAGGCCACAACAUCCUCACCUUCCUUAACCAACAAAGAUAUAUCAGGAAAAAUAUAUUUGACUGAUCACAAUAAACAACUCUAUUCAUCAAACCUCAGUCCUGAGGGACUUCCACUAUACCAUGUGCAUCCUAGCUAUAGGACAAAACAAAACAGACCGAACAGAGACUAUGAUACUGAUAGAUCAAGUAGUGAGAGUUCCAGUGAAGAUGAAGAUCAAUUAACAGUGUACCCAAGAAAACUGGAGAUUAAAACAGAACCUGAGAUUAAUAGAGGGACCAUCACAUCAGACAAAGUCCUCAACAUUGACUUUGAUAACUCCUCCAGCAGCACAGAUGUAUUUGAGAAGAAACACAGCAAAGGCCUAACAAGACUAAAAGUGUUAGGUACUCGAUUGUUUAGCAAACGUGAAAAUGAAACAGAUGAGAAAAGUGUUCAAUCAGUCCACGGUGGGUCAACAUCUAGUAGAAGACCUGGAGUAGUUCUUGAUCUGGCUUAUAAAACUCACUCAAAAUUAACUGAGACUGAGGAAAUCGUCCAAGAACCCAACAAUGAGGACAGUUUCUUUGGCCAUAUUGGACUGUCUUUUGAUCAAUUGAAAAGACCUAAAAAAUCACUUUUGUUUACUAUCUCUGAUCCUCAAUUACCAGAUCAAUUAUCAUCCAUUCCCUUGGAUAACAAAGGAAACAAACAUGACAAAAAGGAAGACUUUGAAUCCAGAAGAUCUAGCCUUAGUUCUUCAUCUGAUGAAGGCAGUAUCAGUCCAAAGCAUGAAAAGGACAUCUUGGGACAGCGUUUAUCCCUUGAUCAACCACCAAAAGUGAAGCGAUACCUUCAGUUUUCUUAUUCUGAUCCUCAUUCUCAAGCCCAAUUGCCAUUUCCUCCUCCAACAAAUAGAGUUGUCACACCUGACUUGAUAGCAAAAGCUGAGUCAAAGAGAUCCAGUUCCUCAUCUGCGGACGAUGUCAAACAACCCACUGAAGGUGAAAACUUUUAUGGACUACCAAAAGUAAAAAGAUACAUUGCAUUCUCACACACUGAACCUUAUUCCACAACACAGCAGUUGAACAACCAAAGCAUCUCCCCAAACAAAGUGGCACCAACUCAGUCAAGAAAGUCAAGUUCAUCAUCCGAAGAUGAUAUCAAAUCUUCAUCUGAAGAGGAUAAUUUCACUGAGACAAUAAUUGUAUCUGCCUCUCAAUCAUCAACAAAGAGCAAUGUCACAUCUAAGAUAGAUGUGAAAUCAGAAGCUAAAGUUGACACAUCCCCCGAAGAAGCCAGUUACUUAACACAAACAAAGGUUUCUGUGGAAGGAAUUCCAAAAGUAAAAAGAUAUAUUCAUUUUAAGCAGUCUGAACCUCAUUAUCCAACUCUACCAACAUCACCUUCUUCAAUAAAUAAAGAUGUAAGAGUGGAAGCAAAAAGAUUUAGCACAUUAUCUGAAGAUAAACUGACAACUGAGAAAGAUGACUUCAGUAAAAUAAAUGUAUCUUUAGAUGGGGUUUCCAAAGUAAAAAGAUACAUUAAAUUCAAGCAGCUUGAACCUACCUCACCAAUUCUGUCAGUGCCAAGUCCUUCAACAAAAAUUGAACCCACAACUGGAGCAGAAAUAAAAUCGAUGCAGUCCAGCAGUUCAUCUGAAGAUGAGGACAGUCCUACAGCAAAGGAAAAUGAAUUCUUUGGAAAAACAGGUGUGUCUUUAGUUAGACUACCAGAAGUAAAGAGAUAUAUUGAAUUUAAACAAGCUGUGUCUCAUCCCUCGGUUGUAUCACCUACCACUUCUUUAAAUACACCACAUGUAACACUUGCAGACAAAACAAAUUUAGAAUCAAGAAAACUCAGCACUUCAUCUGAGGAUGACACUAUAGUUACUGCUGAAAAAGACAAUUUCUUAGGGCAAACUGAAGGAUCUUUUGAUGGAAUACCAAAAGUUAAGAGAUAUAUUAAUUUUACACAGCGUGAAAGUCAGUCCUCUGUUCAAUCAACAACUUCCCAAAGGGUCAGCAAACCUGUGGUAGUUCAAGAAACAAGGAAAUCAAGCACUUCAUAUGGGGAUGAUAUUAAACUAUCUACUAAAGAUGAUAUGAUUGGAAAGACAGACGAAUCCUUUGUAAAACUCCCAAAAGUACAGAGAUACAUUAAAUUCACACAAUAUAAAGAUUUCCUUGGUCCAUUACCAUUUCCUGUAAAAUCUGUAAAUGUAACAGAAACUGAACCCAGCAUAUUAGCUAAGGAUGCUGUACCAUUAGCCACCAGUAAGAACAAAACUGAAUCAAGGACGUCAAGCACUUCAUCAGAGGAUGAUGUCAGCAUAACUGCUGAAGAAGACCAUUUUGAGGGGCAAACAGGACCAUCUCUUCAGACAAUACCAAAGGUUAAGAGAUAUAUCCAUUUUACACAGUCAGAACCACAUUCCCCUGCUCAACCAACAACUGCUCAAAGUGUAGUGCAAGAAACAAGGAGGUCAAGCACUUCAUCUGGUGAAAAUGUCAUAAUAACUGCUAAGGAAGCGAAUUUUAAGGGGCAAACAGGACCAUCUAUUCACACAAUACCAAAAGUUAAGAGAUAUAUUCAUUUUACACAACCAGAACAACAUUUCCCUGUUCAGCCAACAACUGCUCAAAGUGUAGUGCAAGAAACAAGGGGGUCAAGCACUUCAUCUGAUAAAGAUGUUAAAACAAAUGAUGAUAAUUUCUAUCUACAAACAGGUUCCUCUUUUGAUCAGCUGCCAAAGGUAAAAAGAUACAUCGAGUUCAAACAACACAAGUCCCCCUUCCCUGUAAACCCCUUAGCUAUGGAGGAUAUUACACUUAAUACACAACUAAACAGGUUAUCUAUGACAUCAAUAAAAACAUAUCCCACACCUAAAGCAAAGGCAGACAUACAAACAGGAUGGUCCAGUUCAUCAUCUGAGGCAUCACCUCCCGGCUCAAUAAAGAAAAGAUCUCCUAUAGUAAUACAGUCUCAAACUUUGAGGUCUGAAUUUCAUUACAAAGACAUUAUGACAAGAGACUCUGUAGAUGGUUAUGUGCAACAGACUGGGCUGAAACCAGAAUUGAAAAAUGAUCCACCAGCAGUUCCACCAAUACCUCCACCUUCACUAGAACUAGAAGAUGCCAGAGAGUAUCUGAGAGACAAUUCUGAAGUUCGUCAAAGGCAAGAGCGGAGACGAUUACUUCAGCAAAGAAGGGUGAUGGAUGAGUUCAGCGCAACCACGCUGUCCCCUAUCACACAGGAGGGAAACAAGCAGGACAGUGGCUCACUGGUGAAUUACGGAGGAGCAACAAUGACAAAAACUGUCACUACCAGACGCAACGAGGGAGCUGAAGCCCCGACUUUGCAGGGCCUUAAAACAAAGAAUAUCUCAGCACUCAGAUCCAAGUCACCACUACAUUCUGAAAAUACUAAAUAUAAAGAAUUUUUAAUUUAGAUCAAGAGGAGGCUUUGACUUGCCAGAUUGAUAUAUAAAUUUAUCCUUUAAAGGGGCCAUGGCAUGAAAAUCUGACUUUUCCAUGUUUAAAUGCUAAAAUUGGGUUCCCAGUGCUUAUCAACCUAGAAGAUGUGAAAAAGAUCAACCCAGUUUUGGUAAACCAUUUCUGCAAGCACGUGAAAAAUUAGGCAAUUGAAAUUUGCCUCUCCUUAUUUGCCAUCAGUGUUUGAAUUUUAUCAGCUCAUUUGCAUUUUAAAGGACACACCCAAAACCACAUUUUUGCUCACACCUACAAAGUAUCAAUUUUAAAGGGGCAAUAAGUAAGAUUUACCGCCGUCUAGUGGUGGAAUUGUAUUUUGCAUUCAAACGAACAUUGCUCUCUAGCACCUCCCCUUUCCAAAUGCGUGUUGCAACUACGGUAGCCGUUAUGUAAUUGCUGAUCUCCUUGUCCGUUGCAGCUGGUUCACGUGUUCUGAAUGAAAACGAGUUGUGAAAACGCGUUAUUAAGCUAGUGCUUUUUGUCCCUCUCUGCUAUUAUAGUUUAUCAAUACAGCGGAACAAUAUGGAUGCCUCCUUGGACUUACCCGUUCAAUGUAAGUAAAGAGAAGAAAUUCUAAGCUAUAAAGAAAAGUCAGAUCACUGGCAGAGGUCAUUUGACACCAACAAGGACAUAUUUAUGAAUAAAGACAUUGAUUUUGAUUAAUAAAACACUUAAAAUCCUACUAACAGUCCCUUUAACAUGUUAUAAUAAAUGAUCUGUGGGGUAUUUUGAGCUAAAACUUCACAUAUGUACUUUUGAGACACCAAAGAUUUAUUUUACAUCUUAAAAAAGUCUUGUGACAUGGCACCUUUAAAAUGUAUGCUUUGUAUCACUCUAGUAUGCUCUUUUUAUCAACAUAGUAUUGUAAAUACAACUGAUGUAAUAUAUGUUAUUUUAUCUAUUUACCUAAGCUUUCAACAUUUCAUAUUUUUCGUAUUCUGUAUUAAAUAUAAAAACAAAGUAUAAAUUUA